UAAUAAAAAAAAAAAUUCAAAGUUAUUAAAUUGUUUUCAAAAUUAAGAAUUUUGUUGCAAACAUUUCCAAAGAACAGUUUACCUCAACUAACAACAACAAAGACUCUCAAAAAUGAUUUAGCGGCUGCCAAAGGGAUAGAAAGCAAAGUUUUAUAAACCGCAAACGCCACCCGCUGCCCGCCGCUGCCCGCCCCCGCGCCCUAUUGCAAAUUGGAAUACAAAAUAAAAGGCAUCAAAAUUUUACCCUCAUUCGCAAACCUCAAAAUGCUGAACAUGGAAUCGCCUCAGAUGUACGCGGAUGCGGUGCAGACGCUGGCGCAGCUCGACUUGAAGAAGCAGCCGCAGCCGCUGCCGCAGCAGGCAACAAUCGGCCAAAUUACACUGACGGCGAUGUCCAGUGCACAGCAGCAGCAGCAGCAACAACAGCAACAACAGCAACAGCAACAGCAGCAGCAGCAGCAACAGCAGCAGCAACAGGUGACAACUGAUGCGAACAACAAUGCAACAGUUCAGGAUGCGGCGCUGCUGGUCAAACAGCAUGCGAUGCAGCAGAUGCAGCUGAGCAACAACAACAGCAACAACUUGCUGCAGAAACAAAUGUUGCAACAGUACAGCACACAAACGGAUCUGGACGAGCUGACCACACAGGAGAUAACCUUGGACUUGCAACAUUUGAUAGACGAUCAGUUCCGGGACACGGAAACCCUGGGCAUAUUCAGCGACAUGGUGACCAGUCCGGGCGGACUCUCUGCCACACUGCCGCCCAGCGGCAUGGUCAGCGCGGCGGCCAAGGUGCUGCAGCAGCAGCAACAAACGCUGGCCAAUGCGCGCCAGCAACAGCACUCGUAUGGCCGGGCAGCGCUCGCGUACAUGCCGCAGGCGGUGCACUCGAAUGCCACAUACAACAAUCACUCGAGCGACGAGAACAGCUCCGUGGGCAGCGACUCGAGCAGCACCAUCAAGGAGGAGCCCAUCGAUCCGGACUAUCGCCGGCAUCUGCAGGAGUCGGUCAGCAGCCAGGCGGCUGCGGCGUUUAUCAACAACAGCAAUGGGCUCUACAAUGCGUAUCAGAGCAACAACUUGAGCAACAACAACAGCAGCAGCAACAACAGCAGCAACAACAGCAGCAACAACAGCAGCAACAGCAACACUAACUCAACGAAUGCAGCUCAGUUCACCAAUCUGACAACGGCUAAUGUCCUGGCACAUCACAGUCUGCCGCAUCUAACGGCAAACACGGCCCAGCAACUGUUGAAACAUCACUCGAAGCUGCAGCAAACGCAGCAGCAGCAUGCACAGCAGCAGCAGCAGCACGCACAGCAGCAGCAUCGCAAGCACAGCAACAAGCAUGUGGACAAGGGCACCGAGGAGUACCGCAGGCGGCGCGAGCGCAAUAACAUUGCGGUGCGCAAGAGUCGCGAGAAGGCAAAGGUGCGCUCAAAGGAGGUGGAGGAGCGCGUCAAAUCGCUGCUCAAGGAGAAGGAUGCGCUCCUGCGUCAGCUGAGCGAAAUGACCAAUGAGCUUUCGCUGCACAAACAGAUUUAUAUGCAGCUGAUGAAUCACACGAAUCCCGAAGUGAGUCGCGUCUGUCGCAGCUUUCUCAAUACCAACGAACAUGCGCUGUAGCUGUGAUGAUUGACUGAACGAGUGAAAGAGAGAGAGAGAGCGAGAGAGAGAGAGCGCGAGGAGAGAGCCUGUAAAUUAGUGUGAUUGUGCGUGUGCGUGUGCAUGUGUGUGACUGACUCAAUAAAAGCUGUGUGUGGGUAGCGUAUAA